GACCUCCGCAUCCAUCCGCAAUAUGAAGCUUCUUCAACGAAGAAUUGUCGAUAUUUCCCUACUAGACCAUGAACCUACCGGCCUGAAUCGCUCACCUCCAAUGCAGCUCCUCAAAACAGGGGCUUUUCUAAGGGCAGCUCGUUCCGCCAGACUCUCCAUUCCUAACCGAAGAGCUCCUCCGGCUACAACCUAUACUCCCUCACGAUGGUCGAGCUCCCAGGUUGCUACCGAAGAGCAUCAUCCCUUUCCUGAACAGUCCGUCAAUGCCUCUCGGGAAGUCGACCCCGCAAAAACUGCCGAGUUCAAGAAUGAUGGAGUGCAAAAGUCGGACACAAACACAAUAUCGUACAAACAACAGGCGACCAUCGCUGGAACACCUUACAUCGUCGACCAGACCACCAAUGUAACCAGUUCUAUCCUAGGCCUGGUUGGCCGCAAUCUCUAUGACCACCCCGACCACCCUAUCUGCAUCACCCGCAAGCUGAUCGAAUCAUGCUUUCCUCACCCCGAGUACAACCACUUCACCAUGUCCGACCCGGUCGUCACGGUCAAAGACAACUUCGACGUCCUGGGCUUCCCCGCCGACCACCCCGGCCGUUCACGAACCGAUACAUAUUACGUGAACUCAACACAUCUUCUGCGCACACACACCUCCGCACACCAGCACGCGGCCUUCCAGACCCUGGCCACAGAGAAACGCACAUCCGGCUAUACCAUCUGCGCCGAUGUCUACCGCCGCGAUAGCAUCGACCGUUCACACUUCCCAGUCUUUCACCAAAUGGAAGGUGCUCGUGUCUGGGGCCUUCCUCCCAAUGCUGAGAGCCGCUAUCACGCCCAAACUAUUCGUACCGCGAAAAUGGCCAAACAACUGGACGCCCUGCCCAAGACCAGUAUAGAAGUCGAAGACAAUGCCACGAGUUUCUCCCGCGACACUAACCCAAUGCAAUCCGAGCAUGACCCCGUCGAACUCCAACUCGUCGUGUCCCACCUGAAACGCAGCCUCGAGUACCUGAUGGAACAAAUCCACAAAGCUUCGCAGGAAUCGCUCGACCCUUCUGCACGCCAGGCCUCGGGUCCGCUGAAGGUGCGCUGGGUCGAGGCAUACUUCCCAUUCACAAGCCCCAGUUUCGAACUCGAGGUCCUCUGGAAUGGCGAGUGGCUGGAACUGCUCGGCUGUGGCGUCGUCCAGCAGCCUAUUCUCAACAACGCUGGUCUGAAGUACAGUAUCGGCUGGGCCUGGGGGUUGGGUAUCGAGCGCUUUGCCAUGUUGUUAUUCGGAAUCCCAGAUAUUCGCUUAUUCUGGUCGGAUGAUCGGCGCUUCCUGCGGCAAUUUUCGCGCGGCAAAGUCACGAAAUUCGAGCCGUUCAGCAAAUUCCCGCCUUGCUAUAAGGAUAUCGCAUUCUGGAUCAACCCCAGCCCCGGGGUUGCGAGUCCAAUCGGUGCAGAGGCGCCGAGUACUUCUGGCGUUGCUGCUGCGGCUGGAGGAGACGCAACGAAAGCCUCGCCUAGUGAGACGCAGCCUGCAGCGUUCCACGAGAAUGAUAUCAUGGAGGUCGUGCGUGAUAUCGCCGGUAGUCUCGCCGAGGAUGUCAAGCUCGUGGAUGAGUUUGUGCACCCGACUAGUGGGCGGAAGAGCUUGUGUUAUAGGAUCAACUAUCGCAGUUUGGAGAGGACUUUGACGAAUGAAGAGGUGAACGGGUUGCAUGAUGAGGUCGCGAGACGGAUGGCCAGCCAGUUUGGCGUCGAAUUGAGAUAAGCUGGCUUUCUCGCCCAACUUCCAUCUGGGCUGGCUUCCGUGCCGCAGGUGUCGCCGGCAUCUUGUCCUUUACAACGGGUAUGGGCGAGGAAUGAGCUUUUGUAUAUCAUCUGGGUUUAAUUCUAGGCGGCCUACUUGACGUUCGUUGGGAGCGCUUGUUUUGUUUUGCUUUCCUGGGUCCAGCAGAGGCAAGCAAAGCAAGCGGUCUCUCCUUCACUGCGGACGAGCGAGUUAGUCGGUCAAUUUACAAAAGCUUUGCGUUUUCGCCGUCUCUAACCCACAGAUGGGCGUUGGUAUUCCUGGCGAACCAUUGGCUUAUUGUGAUUAUUGUGGUAAUGUGAGUGAGUUGAAGAAGAGUGCAAGAUAGAGGGUGAAAUCUUUGGGAGGAUGUUGUUGUAGUUGUAGUGUAUCACGCACUAUCAUGUCCAUGUCAUAAUAUACCCUUCCUACUCAAUCAUCAUGCCAUAUACAAGCUAUACCAACC